AUGGGUGCUAACUGGACUCAACAUUCAGGGACACAGUCUUGCCCGCCACCCGAGUUGCCUCAGCUUGUUGCUGAGCAGCAUGUCCCCAUCUCCGCCCACGACAAGGAAACCCAGCGUCUGAUCGUCGUUCUCUCCCACGCGAGCUUAGAAACUUAUCGUGCCUCCCACGGCGGACGCAGUGGCUCCAACCGUGAUGAAAAAUACUCGUUGCUAAACAGUGAUGAGCAUAUUGGCGUGAUGCGCAAGAUGAACAGAGACAUCAGUGAGGCUCGGCCUGAUAUCACUCAUCAGUGCCUUCUCACCCUCCUGGACUCGCCUGUCAACAAGGCCGGCAAGCUUCAGAUCUACAUUCACACCGCGAAAGGCGUCCUGAUUGAAGUGAACCCCAGUGUUCGCAUUCCACGUACAUUCAAGCGGUUUGCCGGUCUGAUGGUUCAGCUACUGCACCGACUGUCAAUUCGUUCCACCAAUUCACAAGAGAAGCUGCUUAAGGUGAUCAAGAACCCCAUCACCGACCACUUGCCCCCCAAUUGCCGUAAGGUCACCCUCAGUUACGAAGCGCCCGUGGUGCGCACUCGGGACUACAUCGAAUCCCUGGGCCCCAAGGAGAGCGUCUGUAUCUUCGUCGGAGCCAUGGCCAAAGGGCAUGACGAUUUCGCCGACUCUUUCAAGGACGAUACCAUCAGUAUUAGCAACUAUAGUCUGAGUGCUAGUGUGGCCUGUAGCAAAUUCUGCCAUGCGGCCGAGGAAGUAUGGGGCAUCAUUUGA